AUGCUUUUUAAUUUCGUAUAUCACAUCUUUAUCUUUACAAGUAUUUUUUAUAAUAUCUUACCUAUCAAUACAAAACCAGAACCGAUUACCAAAUUAUUAACUUUACCAGAAGGCAUCAUCCGUGGAGUCCAAACACAAAUCACAGGAGUGUUUAGGUAUACCAUACCAUAUGCUAGACCUCCAGUAAGUUCGCUAAGAUGGAACGAUCCGGUUCCACCUUUGAAAUGGAGUGGAAUUCGAUCUGGUAUAGAACUACCUUCGGCCUGUCCACAAAGUCUUACCAACGGAUUUGUCAUCACCAAUGAGGAUUGUUUAUACUUAUCUGUUUAUGUGCCUGAUAAGAUUUUCAAAGGAAUGCCAAUCUUUGUAUGGGUUCAUGGAGGAUCCCUACUCCAAGGAGGUGCCUCGGGAUAUGGACUUGAUGGAUCAUCUUUAGCAGCCAAAUCAGGCAUGAUCGUCAUUGUAGUACAAUACCGUCUUGGUUUAUUAGGAUUUCUUAGAACUCCAUCAAUUCGUAAAACCUUGAGUGGAAACUACGGUUUAAAAGACCUUAUAAUGGCUCUAAAAUACAUUCGAAAAAAUGCUGCAUAUCUCGGUGGUGAUCAAAAUAGGAUCACUCUUGCUGGUCAAUCAAGUGGAGCAUCUUUAAUCAAAACAUUAUUAACAGUAAAAUCGGCUAGCGAUCUUUUUCAACGUGCUAUCUUACAUUCAUGUCCAUUAAAUUAUGGUGAUCAUUCGAUUCGAACAUCUGAACUGAUAGGUUCAGUCGCACUUUCAAUCUUGAAACCACCGGGGCAAGACCUACGAAGAGUAUCUGUGUCUGACAUCCUCGCAGCCCAAAACUCAAUGCAAGAUAACCUUCCUAGUCGUUUACCUGGUAUUGCAAAUGACGAGCCAUUCAGACCGGUGAUAGAUGGCUCACUAGUCACAUCAGAUUUCAUAAACGCCAUCAAUAUACCUUCUUUUAAUUUAUUUGGUAACGAACGUCAAAUCAUCUUUACCACAGUGAAAGAUGAAGCUGGACCUACGGUAGCUGAAAGUUUUGAAGUCAAUACGCCUUCUGUUGAAUUUGAACCUGCUUUGAAUGCUUCGAUAGCUUCACCUGAUCAAGAACGUAUCAAGUUUAUCACUUCUUCUAAAGUGUAUUCAAAUGAACUUAAUAAUUUGAUUAAUAGAGGUGUCUCUGAUGCUACCAGAGAAGAAUUGACAGUCUUUGGAACGGAUUAUAUUUGGAGAUGUGCUAAUCAACAAGUGGCAGUUAAUUUGACGACCAAUAGUAUAAGUUUGAUGAACAAACAAAAGAUAUGGAUUGCAGAAUUUAAUAUUGGGAUUCCAUAUAAUUCGACUAUCAACAUCAAAUACUGUCGAUCAAAAGUUUGUCACGAAGAUGAUAUCUUAUCAGUUUUUGGUCUACCAGCUGAUCGUACCCCUAACGAAAUCAGCACACGUUUGAUUAACGAGAUCCAAGCACGUUGGGCUGCUUUUGCAAGCUUUGGAAAUCCAAAUACCCUUCGCUUAACACCUUGGUAUCCAGUUGAAGGUCGAAAUCAACUCAAUUUACUUAGGAUCGAUCGAAAAAGUACUAUCUCUGUUGCACAGCAGAGACCUCGUGCUUGUGAUGAACUCUGGGGAGUCAAGGCUCGGUUUGAUGCUCAGAUAUAUUCUUAG